AUGGCGUCCACAGCGACUCAAAGCUACAAAGAUAUUUCGGUGAUCGCGCGGAAACGGAGAGAUACAAACAUCGCCGCAUAUUUCCAGCCUCCAAAGGUAGACGAAGCUUCCCUGCCUAACAAUCUGACCGAGCAUGCCCUCAACUCAGGGUAUUAUACAUCAGAGGAGCGUACCAUCCUAGAGAGCGAAGCCGAAGAGAUCCUGCAGAAUGUUGCCAGCAAGAAAUGGACGGCUCUCGAGGUCGCCAAAGCUUUCUGCAAAGCCUCAGCGUACGCACAGGAGCUCACCAAUUGUGUGACCGAGGUGCUAUAUCCCGAAGCAUAUCAGCGCGCUCAAUACCUCGACGACUAUCUUGCGAAGAAUGGCAAGACGGUGGGACCUCUGCAUGGCCUGCCCAUCUCGCUUAAGGACUGUUUCGUCACGCCGCCACAUCCUUCCUCGAUCGGAAUGUCCCCAUACGCCAAUGAGCCAACAGACAGCGAGACCGUACUCGUCACCAUGCUUCGGGACCUCGGAGCAGUGUUUUAUGUGAAGACCAACGUUCCCACUGCAAUGAUGAUGGCUGAGAGCAUCAACCAUGUCUGGGGCGAAACCCGGAAUGCUUUGCAUAAAGGCCUUACGCCAGGUGGCUCUUCGGGCGGUGAAGGAGCACUGAUCGCGUUGAAAGCUUCACCGUUGGGUGUCGGUACAGACAUAGGUGGCAGCAUUCGCAUCCCAGCUGCGUUUGGCUUUCAGUAUGGCUUGAAACCGUCUUAUGGUCGCUACCCAAGCUGGGGCGGCAAGACCGGCAUCACAGGUCAAGAAUUCAUCCUAGCUGUCAACGGGCCUAUGUCAAGAUCACUAAAGUCACUGGAAAUCUACUCCGAGGCUUUGCUGUCCGAGCAGUCUGCACCAUGGAAUCGCGACCACAAGUGUCUGCCUAUACCGUGGAGGAAGAAUGUCAUUCAGCCCCCGGGACGCAAGCUACGAUUGGGGCUGGUCGGUAAUAACGACGGUCUCGUUCAUUGCCACCCGCCUGUGGAACGGGCACUAAAUGUCACCAAGGAGAAGUUGGAAGCUGCUGGCCAUACAGUCAUCCCGUGGGCACCCAAGAACCACGAUGUCAUCGCGAAGAAUCUGGUCGCCGCAUUCUUCGACCUGGGAGGGUCUGCGAUUGUGGACAUGGUGAAGCCCCACGACGAGCCUAUAUUUCCUUCGAUGAAAGGGUAUGAGAUGGCCGCACAGGCCAAAGAGAUUGGUGUCACGCAAAUGCGUCAAAUGGUCGUGAAGCGGAAUGAGCUGCAGAAGCAGUAUCUCGACUACUGGAUGACGGGAGCGCCAGAUGGGCAGCCGCUGGACGGCAUAAUCAUGGCUGUGGCUCCACACGCGGCCCCUAGGCUAGGUGGCACGCAGCCUGAUUUGUACGUUGGGUAUACUGGAGUUUGGAAUCUGCUAGACUUUUGUGCGUGCACUUUCCCGGUGCUAUUCGCGGACAGGAGUCUUGACAAAGCUCGAGACUCGAAGACAUUCAAGCAAUUGUCGGAUAUUGAUGGCCGUAUACAGGCAGACUAUGAUGCUGAGUUCUACCAUGGUGCGCCUGUGUCGCUGCAAUGUGUCGGUAAGCGGCUUGAGGAAGAGAAGGUCCUUGAGAUGACCGCAGCUAUUGCGCAAGCGUUGAAGGCAUAG